AUGGCAACGGAGCCGAAAGCUUCUCGGGAUGGUGGCUUCAGCGACCCGAGCUUCGUGUCGGUGGGUGACCCGUACAUCCAGAAGAAGCCCAAGGAGCGGGGCCUCGGUGGUGACUUGAAGCCGUUCCUCACGUGUCCACCCAAGAAGGGCCAGCUCGCAGCAACAUUCGGCCCCGGCUUCCCGAAGUAUGACCCCCUCGGCGGCGAAUACGCGGAGCAGUACAAAUUCGAGGCCCGCCGUCGACUCGAGAACACGAAGAAGUUUGUCAAGCCCAACGGAUUCACGUACUCGAACCCCACACAGAACCACACGGGGUCAGGCGACUACUACGGCGCAUUCGGCAAGUUCGAGCGCGAAGAGGACGACAUCAAGAAGGCGAAGGAGGAAAAUGCGGCUCCGAGGCCCAACCCGAAAGACAAACAGUUCGAGAAGAAGAACGUGCUGACGAACCCUGGACGUCGCGGCACCUUCGGGUACGCAGGAACGCUGAUCGGAGGGAACCUUGCUGCUAUGGGGGCCGACUAUGGAUCCGAACGGCGGGCGGCGCAGGCCCUGGAAGCGAAGCACAAGGCAGCGAUCGGAGACCGCAAGCCCUUCAAGUCCACCACAGAAGGAGUCGACUACUUCGACAGUCACGAGCACGUCGCGGCCUCGCGCGUCAUGGGCUGGGACGACCAGUGUCUGGCCAAACCCCCAGGUGCACAAGAGCUCAUGAACCCCAAGGAACGAGCUGCCGCGCGCGCCCCAACCUAUAAGCCGUGGAAGCCCAACAACCCUAUCAAAGAUGGCGAAGAAGGCGUCUUCGAGAAGUUCCCAGAGAGACUGCCUGAACCCUACGACGAAGCCAUGGUGAACCGUGCCAUGCUGCCCAACCGCCGCAACCCCGUCAAGCUGGCGACCAAAGACUUACCCGACGCGUUGCGCGAACGCAAGACCUUCAAGCCCAGCAGCGGCCCCAAGACCAAGCUCACGCGAGGCACCUGUCUGUUAGGCAUCUCCAAGCACCACCUUUGA